AUGGGAACCAGAAAUGUUAAAGAUGGUUUAAAUUUAAGCCUGCAAAUCGAUAAAGAUUGUCACCAACAUGGAGCAGUGACCGAGGAAAUUGAUGGGCUAAUCAAAGUGUACAAAGAUGAGCAUGUGGAGAGACCAAAGAUUGUUCCGUGUGUCACAAGUGAUUUACCUCACGAGCUCGGUGUGACUUCACGGGACAUAGUCAUUGACAAGUUCACAAACAUUUGGGCACGUUUUUAUGUCCCAAUAAAAUGCCAUGGUAAGCUGCCUUUACUUGUAUAUUUCCAUGGAGGUGGGUUCUGUGUAGGCUCAGCUGCUUGGAGUUGCUACCAUGACUUCCUAGCAAAGCUAGCUGCUGAGACCAGUUCCAUAAUCAUGUCGGUUAAUUAUCGUUUAGCGCCUGAAAAUCCUCUCCCAGCAGCUUAUGAUGAUGGAAUAAAGGCUCUGAUGUGGUUAAAACAGCAAGCUCUAAGUGUUGGUGCUGAUAAUUGGUGGACUAGUCAGUUCAAUUUCUCUAACAUCUUUCUAGCUGGAGAUAGUGCUGGCGCCAACAUAGCCUAUAACAUCAUCACGAGACCUGGUUCCUCUAAUGCAGGACAAGCCGCUGCAGCCAUGAAGCCAUUAAGUCUCAGAGGCAUUGUCUUGAUACAGCCAUUUUUCGGAGGAGAGGCACGCACUAAUUCAGAAAAAUACCUCGUACAAUCACCUCGCUCGGCGCUUAGCUUGGCAGCCUCUGAUACAUAUUGGCGAUUAGCUUUGCCUUGUGGAUCUAACCGGGACCAUCCAUGGUGCAACCCUCUAGCCAAGGGGUUAGACGUGGAAUUGGAGGAUUUGUUGAGAUUUCCAAUAAUGGUGUGCAUAUCAGAGAUGGAUAUCUUGAAAGACAGGAGCUUGGAGUUUGUUGCUUCUUUGGAUAGAGCUGGUAAAAUGGUGGAGCAUGUGGUUCAUAAAGGGGUAGGGCAUGCAUUUCAGAUUUUAAGCAAGUCCCAGCUCUCACAAACUCGAACAUUGGAAAUGAUGUCACAAAUCAAGGACUUCAUUAGUGGAAUAUGAUCCCCUCCUCUCUCAAGUCUCAAGCACUAUAUAUACUCAGAAUUUUAUUUAGGUAGCCAAGGAAAUUAAUUCUCAAUUUUAUAUGAUGCAAAAUUCAAUGCUUUUAGUGCUGCAAAUAGAUAUUCACGUAUACCCAUCUGU